CCCUUUCUAGCAUCGCGAGACUCUCUCCUCCCUCACCCUGUUCCCUACGCUCCCAGUCGCCCGCGCCCGCUGCCAGACAGAGGCAGGGAUGGCGAGCCGCGGAGCCGGGGUGGUGACGAGAGCAGCAGUUCCGCCAUUGGACGAGGAAGCCUGAGGGACGGGCCAGCGUGGUGAACAAGGAGAGACCAAAGCGGGUGGCCCCGAGAGAGCCAGAGCAAUGGAGGCCAACAUACCGAAGCGGAAGGAGCCUGGCAAGUCCCUGCGUAUCAAAGUCAUCUCCAUGGGCAACGCCGAAGUGGGAAAAAGCUGUAUUAUAAAGCGAUACUGUGAGAAAAGAUUUGUGUCUAAAUACCUUGCAACAAUUGGAAUUGACUAUGGAGUCACAAAGGUACAAGUCAGAGACAGAGAAAUCAAAGUUAACAUCUUCGAUAUGGCUGGACAUCCCUUCUUCUAUGAGGUUCGUAAUGAGUUUUACAAGGACACACAGGGUGUGAUACUGGUCUAUGAUGUUGGGCAGAAAGAUUCCUUUGAUGCCCUUGAUGCAUGGCUGGCAGAAAUGAAGCAAGAUCUUGGACCUCACGGAAACAUGGAAAAUAUUGUAUUUGCAGUGUGUGCCAACAAGAUCGACUGUGCUAAGCACCGCUGUGUUGAUGAAAGUGAAGGACGUCUUUGGGCUGAAAGCAAAGGGUUCCUGUAUUUCGAAACUUCAGCUCAAACUGGAGAAGGAAUCAGUGAGAUGUUCCAGACCUUUUAUGUAUCCAUAGUUGAUUUAUGUGAAAACGGCGGGAAACGUCCUAUCACAAAUAGCAGUGCUAGUUUCACCAAAGAACAAGCAGACACCAUUCGCAGAAUUCGAAAUAGUAAAGAUAGUUGGGACAUGUUGGGAGUCAAACCUGGGGCCUCAAGAGAUGAAGUCAAUAAAGCAUAUCGGAAACUUGCUGUGCUGCUUCACCCUGACAAGUGUGUAGCACCUGGUAGUGAAGAUGCCUUCAAAGCCGUUGUGAAUGCCCGAACAGCCCUUCUGAAAAACAUCAAAUAGAAAGUAGAAAAAAAGACAAGUGUGGGCCUCAAGUCCAAACAGACUUUCCCUAGAGGUAAAAUAGCCAACAUGGGUUUUUCCUCCACAAAAUUUUACAGCUCUUUUCACUCAUGUGCUGUCAUUUGUAAAUCAGUAAGUCGGGUGCCUGUUACCAUGCCAUAGACAUUUUGCAGAGAGAUGAAGUGAAGAGAACCAAGCGCCACUUAUACACGGCCAUUCAUUUCCUACUUCUGAAUGAUGUAAGAUUUUUUUCUCAUGAGUUUGUUAGCUCUGUCAGUGUACCAUCCCUUAGGCACUUUGCUCAGGAAAGUCCAUGAGGUUUCUGGAAGGAGGAUAGGAGGAUCCUUUCACUUUUUCUUUUUAAAAAAAUUCAUCAUCAGAGAAGAAAACACAGAUGGAAGCAGACAUAGCAGAAUCCCUGAAAGUGUGAUGACCUCACAAGCAAGUUGCCCCUUUUACAGUGAGUUUCUUAGGUAGUAUUUUAAGCAUCAAUCUAUAGUUAAUGAACUCUUGGCAGCCCUUUGGAAGUGAAACGAGGUGAUACAAUUCUGAACUGAGCAGCCCUUUUGUGACGUUCACUCUGUUCCCCUUCUCCAGCCACAGGGGGAGAGACCAGCCAGUCCUAAGAGAGCAGAGACAGUGAUGGCGGCCGCAAGUUCUGGUACACUGGCUGCUGCUAGUCCUGCCCCUGAAUCUGACGCCUCUCCCUGGCCGUGGAAGUGGGUGCUGGUAGCUGCAGGGAGCAUCAUCGCCUAGGAAUCAGGAGUCAGACUCCAAGACAGUAGUGCCUGCAGGUCACACUAGAUUGAGCACACGUGCCCAGAGGGCACGGCCGGCCUGGCUCGGGCAUGUUUGAUGCCCUAGGAGAGCCUCCAUAUGAGGCUUAUGCCGUCUUUGUUUCUGCAUCACUUUCUGCAUCACAGCAGGUGGGAAAGGCCAGGGUGCCGGGCCUCCUCUUCACUUCCUCAUCAGUGUUAGUUCCCUCUUUCUUCCCUCUUCUCUUUCUGUGCACAUCUGCCACCAUUUCUCUCUUCUUGAAUCCCUGCCUUCCGGCUCUUGACUCCUCCAUCCUCCUGUGCAGCCUUCACCUGGGCCUGGUUGACCAGAGACAAGUUAUGGGUCCUUUGGGUGGUGGACAGAGAGAUCUUAAGGCCUGUGUGGGAAGAAUCUCUGUUACUUUUGCUUGGGUUACAAAUUUCUGAUUAGUAAUAUUUUUAAGCUACAGAUUAUGAAAAUCAAUUUCACAUAGAGAAAUACAUUCUCUUGCCGUAGUAUCUUCCUCAGUAUCCAAGGGAUGGAUGAAGAUCAAGUGUGAGGACCAGCCUUUCUUCCAGAGCUUACAGAACCAGUGUCACUGCGUGGCUCGUUACACCAUCACUCUCAUGUUACUCAGAUUUUUAGCUGUGACCAGGCUGCACUAAUUGGGGCUUUAAAGUAUGUAAAACAUUACUGUCUGUAAAUUUUAAGCAGCUAUCCCAUAUUGAUCGCCAAGGAGCAUUCACCUUACCACCGGAGAAGAAAAACCACUUUCGUUUAAUUCAAGCCCACUGCAGUCUUCUGGACU